AUGUAAAGAUUUGGAAUUUUGAAAAAGGAUAUUCAUGAGUAACCUGAAAAGGUCAUAAUUUUGAUGUCACUUGUAUUAUUUUUAGUAAAAAGAUAUAUUGGUUUAAUACUGGAAGUAUAGAUUUUAAAAUUAUUUGAAGAAAAAAGAUGGUUAAUUCAUUCAAUUUAUUGGGAACCAUCAUAACCUUGUGACGCUUAGUCAAUUAUAUAGUGUUUAUUAUUAAAUUAAAGAGAAAAUUUAAUAUUUUCUGGUCAUGGAUCAAUUAAAGUUUGGACUUUAAAUACAGAUAACAAUUAGUUGAUGUUUCAUUAUUAGCUUAAUAAACAUAGUAAACAUAUUGGUUAAAUGAUUAGAAUCGAAGAUGAAACACAAUUAGUCUCAUUUUAGUGAUGAUAAAACAAUUUUAAUUUGGAAAAAGAAGGCAAAUGAAAGAACAUUUAAGUUUAAGUAAGUUUUAGAAAUUUUGAAAAAUGAUAAUGGAUUUAGAGUUUGUUUUCUUAAUAAAGAUACAGUUGCUUGAUGCCAAGAAAAUUAGGGUUCUAUUCAUAUAUUUAAAUAAGAAAUAGAAAAGUUUGUUGACAAAAAAGAGUUGCAAAUUAACUUAAAGAAUUUAGAUUUUAAAGAUAGAUAAUCCUUAUUUCCUUCUAUUUAUAAUAAUACUAAGUAAAUAUUUAUCAUAAAGCAUAACAAAUAUGUCAAUAUCUAGUUAUCAAAAUUAAUCAUUUAAUAUUCAAAGUGAACUAAUUGAUUGUAGAUCUUGCAAAAAUUAUGGAAAUAUUACUGAGGAUGGAAACUAUUUAAUAGUUAGAAUGAUUAAACUUUAUCAUUUCAUGUUUACGAAUUGA